AUGGUCCUUAAAAAAUUCUUUACAAACUCCCUUGAAGAGCUUUGCACGAAGGAGCAACUAGAAUUGCUCGACUCCAUUGACACGCUGCGCUUGCAGGGCAUCAGCCAUUAUAUUUCGCUUCCCCAAAUCAUCGUUUGUGGAGAUCAAUCUUCUGGGAAGAGCUCGGUCCUGGAAGCGAUCUCGGGCGUAUCAUUCCCUGUACGAAGUAACCUCUGUACACGAUUUCCUACAGAGCUCGUCCUGCGCAAGAGCCCACAGAUCGGGGUGAGCGUGUCCAUUGUGCCACAUCAUUCACGAACGGAGGCAGAACAGCAGUCUUUAAGCCAAUUCCACGAGCAGCUCGAAGGCUUCGACGGCUUGCCACGUCUUAUCGACAAUGCAAAAGCGAUCAUGGGUAUCUCUACGCACGGAAAGGCGUUUUCCAAUGAUCUACUUCGGGUAGAGGUGUCAGGCCCUGACCGGCCGCAUUUGACCAUUGUCGAUCUACCCGGUCUUAUCCAUUCGGAAACCAAGCAGCAGUCAGCUGCGGAUGUUAAACUCGUGCAGGAUGUUGUACAAUCCUAUAUGCGGGAGCCGCGUUCAAUUAUUCUAGCUGUGGUCUCUGCAAAGAACGAUUUUGCCAAUCAAAUUGUUCUUACACUAGCCCGGGAGGCAGAUAGGACCGGAUCUCGGACGCUGGGUGUCAUCACCAAACCCGAUACGCUGACCCCAGGAUCGGAGACUGAGGCGAUGUUUGUCUCACUGGCGAAAAAUCAACAGGUCUCCUUCCGGCACGGUUGGCAUGUACUGAAAAACCAGGAUUCAGAGAAGAGCAAUGGUACGUUAACAGAACGGGAUGCGGAGGAAGAACAUUUUUUUGCCAAGGGUGUCUGGCGAGAUCUUCCGUUAUCUGAUGUGGCUAUAAAGCCGUUUCGGGAGCGCCUCAGCAAGGUACUGCUUGGGCAGAUUGCGACUGAACUUCCCAGCCUGAUAGAAGAAAUUCAAGUCCAAGUUGGCGACUGUCAACGAAGGCUAGAGAGGCUUGGAAGCCCUCGAACAACGAUAGCGGAGCAGAAGUACUAUCUUUUGCAUAUCAGCCAGAGUUUCCAGAACCUUGUGAGAACUGCUACCGAUGGCACCUACAAUGACCCAUUCUUCAAUAGUGGCCAGUCAACGAGUGGCUAUAGCAGACGGAUACGUGCCACAAUACAAAAUCUGAAUCAAGAAUUCACUGAAAGGAUCACUUCGGGCGGUCAUUAUCGUCAAAUAACAGAUGGAGAUGAGAGCGAGGCGGUAUCGAGACAACAGGUUUUAGUGACGCGAGAAGAAUAUAUCCAGCAUAUCCAAAAUGUCCUCAAACACACACGAGGCAAAGAGCUCCCCGGCACGUUCAAUCCAUUGAUAAUAGGGGAGCUAUUCAGGGAGCAAUCCAGUCAAUGGGAGGCUAUCGCGCGAGGUCACGUAACGACAGCCUGGAAUAUUGCGAAAGACUUCGUUCGAGCUGUUGUACUGCAUAUAGGUGAUAUUACUACGGCAAAGGGGCUGCUCCGGGAGAUUGUAGACCCGAGGUUUGACCAGCUGCUCAGAGAUCUACAACAACGAACCAGUGAACUUCUGCAGCCCCAUCAGCAGGGCCAUCCAAUUACAUACAAUCACUAUUUUACCGAGAAUCUUCAAAAGGCCCGGCGCGAAGCCUGGGGAGAUGGUCUCUCAACGAUCAUUUGCAACUUCUUCGGUGUCUCAUCCUUGGAAGCGACCUCUCUGGAUGGCCCAUCAUACAAUCUCCGUCAUCUUCAUGAUUCAAUCCUUCAGUCCACAGAGUCUAGCAUGAGUCGCUUUGCUGCCACAGAGGCGCUUGAGUGUAUGCUUGCGUACUACAAGGUCGCUCUAAAACGGUUUAUCGACGGUGUGGCGAUCGAGGUCAUCGAGACCAAUCUCAUCAAGCCACUCGCGGAUAUAUUUGCGCCGUUACUUGUCUUCGAUAUGGCAGAUGACCUGGCGACACGUAUUGCGGGAGAGUCAAUAGAGAACAAAUCUCUCCGAGAUCAACUCUCCCGCAAACUGCAUAUCCUGCGGAAGGGAUCUGAGACUUGUAGAAUGUUUAUCGGUAUACGAGGGCUCGGGGAUCAGCCAAUAGGAGCCCCCUCAAUCGAGCAGAGGGAUUUGAAGAGAUCGAAAAAGUCCAAAAAGGGGAAGACCAAAAAGAAAUCGAGUCGGUCUGACGACUGGGAGCUUUGA